GAGGAGAGCCGAGUGAAAUCGCAUCGCAACAGCCAGACUCAAAUUUUCGAGCUUUGAUUUGACACACUUCCCCAAAACCAACAUAUUCUUCUACCAACCCUCGACUCAAAUUAUCCCAUCCAUAGCCAAUCUUUUCUCAAACCCCUUCUUCUUGAUUAUGUAUAUAUUCAACCCUUAAAUCAAUUUUCCAAUUCUCUACUUCUCUCUAAUGGCAUCCCCUUCACUCAUGGACACUCUUUUUCAACGCUCAUUAGACGAUAUAAUCAAGGGCCUCCGCCACCAACAGACCGGAGAGUCUCCUUUUAUUUCCAAAGUCGUUGAAGAAAUCCGGCGCGAGAUCAAAUCGACCGACUUGCACACCAAAUCUAUAGCUCUUCAGAAACUUACUUAUCUCAAUUCCAUCCAUUUUGUUGACAUGUCAUGGGCUGCUUUUCAUGCUAUUGAAUGCAUAUCCUCUCCCAAUUUCUCACACAAGAAGAUUGGUUACCUCGCGAUCUCUCUUUCCUUUAAUGAAUCCACAUCGGUCAUUUUGUUGAUCACCAACCAGUUGCGGAAAGAUCUCAAGAGCAAUAAUGAGUUUGAGGUGAGUUUGGCUCUUGAUUGCUUAUCCAGAAUUGGUACUGCUGAUUUAUGCAGGGAUCUUACUCCUGAAGUUUUCACUUUAAUGACGAGUUCUAAGGUUUUUGUUAGAAAGAAAGCUAUAGGUGUUAUUUUGAGGGUUUUUGGGAAAUACCCAGAUGCAGUUAGGGUGUGUUUUAAGAGACUGGUUGAGUGUUUAGAUGGUACUGAUUCACAAAUUGUUUCUGCUGUUAUUGGGGUGUUCUGUGAACUUGCUUCCAAAGACCCUAGAUCCUAUCUUCCCUUAGCACCCGAGUUUUAUAGGAUUUUGGUUGAUUCAAGGAACAAUUGGGUAUUGAUUAAAGUGCUAAAGAUUUUUUCUAAGUUGGCCCCUUUGGAGCCUAGGUUGGCUAAAAGGGUUGUUGAACCAAUUUGUGAGCAUAUGAGGAGAACUGGGGCCAAAUCUUUGAUGUUUGAGUGCAUCAGGACUGUGGUGACUAGUUUUACUGACUUUGAAUCUGCAGUGAAGCUUGCUGUUGCAAAAAUUCGCGACUUUUUGGUGGAUGAUGAUUCCAACCUUAAGUAUCUUGGAUUGCAUGCGCUGUCAAUUAUAGCACCAAAGCAUCUGUGGGCAGUGUUGGAGAAUAAAGAGGUUGUUAUUAAGUCUCUGAGUGAUGAUGAUCCUAAUGUAAAACUUGAGUCUUUGCGUCUUGUUGUGGCAAUGGUGUCUGAGAGUAAUGUGGUGGAAAUUUGCAGGGUUUUGGUGAAUUACUCGCUCAAAGCAGAUCCUGAGUUCUGCAAUGAGAUUCUUGGUUCAAUUUUAUCUAAGUGUAGCCAGAAUGUGUAUGAGAUCAUAGUUGACUUUGAUUGGUAUGUAUCACUACUUGAAGAAAUGUCUAGGAUUCCACAUUGCCAAAAGGGGGAAGAAAUUGAGAAUCAGCUUAUUGAUAUAGGUAUGAGGGUCAAGGAUGUCAGACCCGAGCUUGUUCGUGUUGGUCGCAGUCUGCUUAUUGAUCCUGCAUUACUUGGGAAUUCUUUCUUGUGCAGGAUCUUAUGUGCUGCUGCUUGGGUGUGUGGGGAGUAUGUGGAAUUUUCAAGGAACCCAGUUGAACUUGUGGAAGCACUCCUACAGCCUCGUACUAGCCUCUUGCCUCCAUCAAUUAGAACUGUCUACAUACAGUCUGCUUUUAAAAUCUUAAUAUUUUGUCUACAUUCAUACCUCUUACAAAAGGAAAAUAUUGGCAACGAUGUGGCAUCCGAGGUGCUGGGUUUAAAAUCUCAAGGUGAAUGCAUAGGAAAUUCUGCUUUAGUAACGGGCAAAGCACCUGCCUGUCAAGAACAGGAUGAAGGGUUCACUCCAAGGGAUCCAAAUAAAUCAUAUGAAGAUCUUUCUAUUAUAAAUGAUGGGGACGGUCAGACAUCUGCUCUCCUGGAGAAAGGUUUCACACAUGAAUCUGUUAUUAACCUGUUAAACUUGAUUGAAGUGGCCUUGGGCCCACUAUCAGGAAGCUAUGAUGUUGAAUUACAGGAGCGAGCUCAGAAUGUCCUUGGAUUUGUUGACUUGAUAAAGCAAGAAAUACCCAAUCAUUUGGUUUCCAAGAGAGCAUCCAAAAUUGUUGACUUAGUGCAUGAUGCCUUCAAUGAGGAGCUUGGUCCAGUCUCAGUAAAUGCUCAAGAGAAAGUUCCUAUACCAGAUGGAUUAAUGCUAAAGGAGAAUCUUUCUGACUUGGAAGCAAUUUGUGGAAAUGUACAGUUACCUUCUACAAUUUCAUUUUCUCUGGGUAGUCCUUUUGGGGAGAGUGUUGUUGCUUCUGUCUCUAUCCCCCAAAGCAAAGAAGAGUCAGAAACAUCAAGUGAGUCCACAUCUUUGCUUGCAGAACACCGCAAGCGACAUGGAUUGUACUACCUUCCAUCAGACAAUAAAGAAAGUUUAUCAAAUGAUUAUCCACCUGCAAAUGACCCUAAAUCCAGUGAUAACACCAAUGAUGAUGCUCAAGAUCUAGUUAAGCUUACUGGCCAAUCACUUCUCACAAAGAAGAGGACAAGCCACGCAAAGCCUAGACCUGUGGUGGUGAAGUUGGAUGAAGGAGUUGUAGCACCAAUCAUUGCCAAGAAACCAGAUACAAACGAUGAUUUGCUUUCUGAUGCUGUCCGAGAUAUUUUGUUAGUUGUAGAAAAGCCUGAUCUUGGAAAUCCAAGUUCACGAAGAAGCAAACACCGGAGCCACGGCAAAGAUAAAAGCAGAAAAAGUCCAGACAAAAAGAAAUCUGAUGAAAUUGGAGAUCAUGGGGAUAAAGGAAAGCAGAAGAGUAGACAUCGCCAUAGUAAGCAUAAAUCAAAACAAAGAGCUGAAGGGCCCUUAAAUGUGGUUGCACAAACGCCAGUAAUUCCUGAUUUCCUUCUAUAACAUUGAAAUUAUGGAUCAAUUCUCCUGUGCCAAGAACAUGGUUAGUUUAUUCCCCUGUAUUCUACUGUAUGGACUGGUAUUUUUUUGGCUUCUUUUUCCAGAUUUGGUACAUUGAUUUUUGGUCUGUCUCACUUUGCUUGCUUAUCUUAUUUUAAGCCUGGGGUUUGUUUUACAUGUUACACGUUGUGAAAAAAGAUCUAGAUAGUGAAAUGUAGUUGUUGAUAUUGACAAUUCCAAAAGAGACAAGAAGUAGAAAAGGGAAAAAUAGUGACAUUCAAUUCUUGUUGAAGUUUGAAAUUAAUGAGAUUUACAAAUCUGGUUGUGCUGUGGUGCUUGCUCAA